AUGUUUGUAACAACUUUCUAUAUUUUUGACUGCGCCAAAACCCUAGUGCAUCUUAUCUAUUUAUACUUUUACCAAUUCACUGUUGCCACUCACACUAUUUCGUAGUCAUUGUAGCUCUCUUGUGACAACAAUAUGACUAAUAAACUUCGCUCAGAAGAAACAAUCACGUCCCUUUCUUCUUUCAUGGCUAGUACACUUAGCAUUGCGUCACCCUCUCCUUGUUCUAUUCCAUUGUCGGUCACAAAGGUCUCGCCUUUAAAGAGAAAGAGACCUACCCACUUAAAUAUCCCUGACCUCAAUCCUCAACAACCGAUUUCAACUGAUUACUUCCGUUUCAGAGAGGGUGACGCAAAGGUCUCGCCUUUAAAGAGAAAGAGACCUGCCCACCUAAAUAUCCCUGACCUCAAUCCUCAACAACCGAUUCGAACUGAUUACUUCAGUUUCACAGACUUUGCUCACCAAAACGGCACCGUAAGCUUCGGUGGCAAUGGUUUUGGUGUCGUCUCCAGAAACGGUAAGAAGAAGUUUAUGGAAGAUACUCACAGAAUUGUUCCUUGUUUGGUUGGUAACUCCAAAAAGAGUUUCUUUGGAGUUUAUGAUGGUCAUGGAGGUGCUAAAGCUGCAGAAUUUGUGGCUGAGAAUUUGCACAAAUAUGUUGUUGAGAUGAUGGAGAAUUGUAAGGGGAAGGAGGAGAAAGUUGAAGCCUUUAAGGCUGCUUUUUUGAGGACUGAUCGUGAUUUCCUAGAAAAGGGUGUUGUGAGUGGUGCUUGCUGUGUUACUGCUGUGAUACAAGAUCAGGAGAUGAUUGUAUCAAAUUUGGGAGAUUGUAGAGCUGUCCUGUGUAGAGCAGGUGUUGCUGAGGCUCUUACUGAUGAUCACAAACCAGGAAGGGAUGAUGAAAAGGAAAGAAUUGAGAGUCAGGGAGGUUAUGUCGAUAAUCAUCAAGGGGCUUGGCGAGUUCAGGGAAUACUUGCGGUUUCCAGAAGCAUUGGAGAUGCACACUUAAAGAAGUGGGUGGUUGCUGAACCUGAGACGAGAGUACUAGAACUGGAACAAGAUAUGGAGUUUCUUGUCUUAGCUUCUGAUGGACUUUGGGAUGUGGUUAGCAAUCAAGAAGCUGUUUAUACCGUGUUGCAUGUUCUAGCUCAGAGAAAGACGCCUAAAGAAAGUGAGGAGGAGAACUUGGUUCAGGGCUUUGUCAAUAUGAGCCCAUCUUCGAAACUUCGUCGAGCUUCACUGGUCAAGUCUCCCAGAUGUGCUAAAUCCCAAAGUUACUACUACAACUCAGAGAAUGAAUCACCCUCACUCAACCGUGAAAUAGGGAGUUCACCUUCAAAGUCACCGAUAACACCGUGGAAGUCUCUUUGGGCCAAAGCGGCUUGCAAAGAGCUUGCGAACCUGGCUGCAAAAAGAGGCAGUAUGGAUGAUAUCACAGUGGUGAUAAUUGAUCUCAACCAUUACAAAGGCUGAAAACUCUUAACAAAUAUGUUUGUAUUCUAUAUAAGUAUCAUAUCUCUCUGAGACUCUAGUGGUUAUGUAGAUUCUUGUUC